AUGGCACCGGACAGCUACUUCGAGGUGAUCCCGGUCAAGCCGGGAAGCCAGGAAUAUUACGAUGUGGCGACUCACUUCGGUCAGUCGAUGGGACCACAUACCAUCGUGUCUAUUGAGCGGAUACAGAACCAACACAAACACAUACAAUACAUGGUGGAGAAACAGUCGAUCGAAACAAAGAGACCUGGUCAGCAGAGUGAGAGGAUGUUGUGGCACGGCACCAGUGAGGAUGCCACCAUCAGCAUCAACAUUAAUGGAUUCAACCGCAACUACUGCGGCAAGAAUGCCGUGAUGUAUGGUGAGGGCGUAUACUUCGCUCUCAACUCGAGUUACUCGGCCCAAGACACUUACUCAAAGAAGGAUCAGCAGGGACACAAGCGGAUGUACCAGGCUCGAGUGCUCACUGGGGAGUUUACCGCGGGGAAUCCAGGGAUGAAGCACCCUCCCCCUAGGGAUCCCAAAACACCUCAUGAUACCUUCGACUGUGUGGUCAACAAUGUCAGCAAACCAGAAAUAUUUGUGAUAUUCAGUGAUGUACAAGCAUACCCAGCAUACCUGGUCACGUUUACUGACUGA